CCCUCUCUCUCACUGAAGUUCUUAUCUCCUCUUUUGUUUAAAGGGGUUCUUUCACUAAACAUAUCAUACUUGUGUCUUCAGUUUCAGUGCCAUAACUUUUGUUUUCCUCUCCAUUUCUUGCAUACGAAAAGUUCGUCUUGGUAUUUGUGAUUUGUCAUCUCUGAUUAUUUCUUCUCUUUAAAGCGUGGAGGAGACAUCUUUGACCGUUCUUGAAAACUUGAACUGAAGCAAAGAUGGGUAGAGCAGCGAGAUGGUUCAAGGGCAUUUUCGGUAUGAAGAAGAGCAAAGAGAAAGAGUACCGAGUUUCCGGCGACGGAGGAGGAGAAGCCGGUGAGUCUCUCAUCCACCGGAAAGUUCUCCAAGCAGACAACCUCUGGCUCAGAACAUACUUGGCGGAAACAGACAAAGAACAGAACAAACACGCCAUUGCGGUUGCUGCCGCCACUGCCGCAGCCGCAGACGCAGCAGUUGCAGCGGCUCAAGCUGCCGUCGCGGUGGUCAGGCUAACAAGUAACGCGAAAACCGGAGGAUAUUCCGGUGGGAACGUAGUUUACGGGACCACAAUGGAGCGGUGGGCCGCGGUGAAGAUUCAAAGUGUCUUCAAGGGCUAUUUGGCGAGGAAAGCGUUAAGAGCGUUGAAAGGUCUAGUGAAGCUACAAGCUCUAGUGAAAGGAUACUUAGUUCGCAAACGCGCAGCCGAAACGCUUCAUAGCAUGCAAGCUCUCAUCAGAGCACAAACGAACGCUCGGUCUCAACGCAUAAACCGUAACCACAUGUUCCACCCUCGACAUUCUCUUGAGAGGUUUGAUGAUUCAAGAAGCGAGAUCCAUAGCAAGAGAAUGUCAAGCUCUGUCGAGAAACAUAUCUACAACAACACUUAUGAUGAGACCAGUCCCAAGAUUGUUGAGAUUGACACUUACAAGACUAAGUCAAGAUCGAGGAGAAUGAAUGUUGCUGUAUCCGAAUGUGGAGAUGAAGAUUUCGAAUGGAGUUUUCGUGGAGAGAAAUGUAAAUUUCCCACAGCUCAAAACACGCCAAGAUUCUCUUCAUCGGCGGCAAUGAAUAAUAAUUAUUACUACACACCGCCUUCGCCGGCAAAAAGCGUUUGCAGAGACGCUUGUUAUAAGCCGAGUUAUCCUGGUUUGAUGACACCUAGCUAUAUGGCUAAUACGCUGUCGUUUAGAGCCAAGGCACGUUCGCAUAGUGCGCCGAGACAGCGUCCUGAUAGGAAGAGGUUGUCGCUUGAUGAGAUUAUGGCGGCUAGGAGUAGCGUUAGCGGCGUGAGGAUGGUACAACCGCAACCGCCGUUACUGCAACAGCAACAAGAGAAACGUUCUUCUUGUAUUUAUGAUCGUCAGCUUCCUCAAGAACCGGCUGGUUUUAGAUUCUAUAAUUAGAAAGAAACGUUUCUAUUUUUCGUCCUUGAGAAGAGUACGUCAUAGAUUUGACUUUUCAUCAAGGACUACUUUGGGUCAUUUAUUUUCCCCCUUUAUCU